UUUCUGUCUGCCUGUGACAGAGAAGAGCUAGCCUUGGGGUGGCCAUUCCCACCAUCCAAGACCAGCUCUAAGGAGGGUGUGGAGCUCCUGUUAUUGUCUGAAUGGGUUCUUCCUUGUAAAUCUCUUGCUCACCCCCAAAUAUAUAUAUGGAAAGAGAAAUUGAUAAAUUGGUUGUCUCCCAACAUACUAUGUACUCGCCUUGACUACCAUGUAAAUAUUUCAAUUUACUAUUAUUUGUCCACUUUCGUGCUUACAAAAGCAAGAAAUAUAAUGUUUUCUGGCUCUGAGCUGAACAAUCAAAUUCUUUCAAGUGCUGGGACACUUACUAGAUGGAGAAUCCAGGUCAAAGCAUAACAAUAAUAGUAGUAAACUGCCAGUAGCUGCAACACUGUAGGAGAAUAUGAAGGAAUAACAGAGAAAUUAUAAAUGUAAACAUUUAUCAACAUUUGCAAAUGGUUAUUUUCACUUUAAGUAAUUUGCUUGAAAUUACUGUUAUUUGAUGAUUUUUAAGAAAUAAUAACUCAAACAUGAUUUUCUUGAAACAGAGCUUUUAAAGAAAAAAAAAUUCCCUUUUUAUUUUUCGACUCCUGAGUGUUUUGUUUCACAUAUUGGAUCCUUUCCUGAAGAAAUCUGUGAGGAAUAUGAAAAUUUGUCCUCUUCUGAAUGGUCUUUUCUAUGCAAAGGAAAAACUUUCCCUGUCUGGACUGAUUACAGCACAGGGACAAGGCUUCCCCAAGCCUUCGAGAAAGUGCCGGCAUAGGCUCUGUGCUGGCUGUAGCAGCCCUGAUAGUAACCCAACCUUUUUCCAUUGGGGGGUGGGGGGAAGGCAGGUCAGGGAAAAAUGGAAAAGCCAGAAAGAGAUUAAGGAAGUCCUUAGCAGAUCCCUCAGGGAGCAUUGCCAACUGCCACCCUCCAAGGCCUGAACCCCAACGGCCUAUGUUGGCCAGGGUUUUACAGAUUUUAAAAGUAGCUUCUUGAAAUCCAACCACAUAAUGUCAUUUCUUCAACCUCUACAAGGGUUGAGGAUUUUAAAGCUAAUUCAAGGAAUUUUACAAGCCCCACUACCAGUCAUAAAAAUGCCAGUGGACAGAUACCACAUUUUACAAAACGAGAUUGAUCCUUGUGUUGUAAAAGUGAACUGUCUUGAAGGCACACCUCUCAAGCAAGAGAAAGCAGCUGAGGACAGGCUUUUCGGGUCCUAUCUGGGACCUGCCAGGCCUGGGCCCACAGUAAAAGCAAUUCAGGAUUUCUAGAGCCUGUGAGAAAAUCAUUCAGGUUCUGGAGCUUCUGCCACUGGCAGUCUUCAGUGUAGACUUAGGAAAAGCAAGAAACAGACAAGUCCCAAGACAGUGCCAGCAGACAGGCACCCCAGAAACCAAGCCCAUUAGUUAUCGUACAUCCUUGGGCCCUGUCCAGCUGUUCUCCGUGCCCUGCUCCACCCCAGGCCCUGCAUCUUCGGUGCAUUUUCAGUGCCCCUGGGGUGUCUCAGCUUCUGAGCAGAUACGUGGCUUUGGGGAGUCCCAGGGUGCUGGGCUAGAGGCAGCAGUCUGAGCCCAGUCACAAAGCCGCUCCUCUGUAGGUCCUUUCUUGUGGAAGCCUGUGCUUCUGGCUUCUCUGUUCCCUGGGUUCAACAACUGGGUGUGUAGCUGGAGAAGAUGCUUUCGGAGAGGCCAGGUAGGCAUGAACCACUGCAGGCUGUACCCAAAGGAGAUGCUGUGCUAUGUGGAAGGCAGGGGCAGCAGGAGGGGCCUGUUUGGCCUUGUUCUGGUCAGCAUGGGGUGAGCCUUCAUAUUCUGCUUCGAGGCCCAGACCUCUGGUAGAAGUGGGAAGGAUAGAAUAAGGGGGUGCACCAUCCCCAAGCUUGCCAAUGAAGAGCAGAGAGUGAAGGCCUGGCUUCUCAGAAACCCUACUCCAGCCCAAGACCCCACACCCUCCAUUAGGGGUGCACAGGGGAGGGGCAACUCAGGGCCAGGCCUGAAGAGUAGGCCAGCAGGGAGCAAAGCCAUGAUGGUGUGGUGGCCACUCUUCUUUGCGGCAGGGUCGUCCGCUUUCCUCUUUGGAGGAGAAAAAUGCCAGCAAAAUUCGACAAGGAAAAAAAAAAAAAAAAAAAGGCAGGAGGCCGGAAAGAGCGAGCCUGACAGGGUCUUUCAGGCUGCCUGGGCUCCGGUGCUCCUGCCCGGGUGUAAUCUGUACUCCCUGCCCGGGCCACGCUGGCCGCUGGCUUGGGGGAAAGAGCCAGGCGGGCGGGCUGUGCGCGCACAUUAAUCUGCCGGGCGGCGGCGGCGGGCGGGCUGGGGGCUGUUUGUAACUUUGCUGCCUCGGUCGCCGCGGUCCCCGGGGAGCGGGCUCCGGCGCUCGCUCCCAUUGGCCGCCGCCGCGUCAGCUGGUGCGAUUUGCUGCUGUCGCUUUUGGCGUUCGGCCAUCCAGAAACAAACCAGUUCGAUGACUACUAAUAGUUAUAGCCAGAUGUACUAAUACACAACAAAUCACAGUCCUGCAGAGGGGCGCGCAAAUGAGUUCCUAUUUUGUGAAUCCCACUUUCCCCGGGAGCCUGCCCAGCGGCCAGGACUCCUUCUUGGGCCAGCUGCCCCUCUACCCCGCUGGCUACGACGCGCUGAGGCCCUUCCCGGCCUCGUAUGGGGCGUCGAGCCUCCCGGACAAGACGUACACCUCACCUUGUUUCUACCAACAGUCCAACUCGGUCCUGGCCUGCAACCGGGCAUCCUACGAGUACGGGGCCUCGUGUUUCUAUUCUGAUAAGGACCUCAGUGGCGCCUCGCCUUCGGGCAGUAGCAAGCAGAGGGGCCCCGGGGACUACCUGCACUUUUCUCCCGAGCAGCAGUACAAACCUGAUAACAGCACCUUACAGGGCAAAGCCCUCCAUGAUGAAGGCACCGACCGGAAGUACACGAGCCCAGUUUACCCCUGGAUGCAGCGGAUGAACUCCUGCGCCGGUGCUGUGUAUGGGAGCCACGGGCGCCGAGGCCGCCAGACCUACACGCGCUACCAGACCCUGGAACUGGAGAAGGAGUUCCACUUCAACCGCUACCUGACGCGGCGCCGCCGUAUCGAGAUCGCCAACGCGCUCUGCCUCACCGAGCGCCAGAUCAAGAUCUGGUUCCAGAACCGCCGCAUGAAGUGGAAAAAGGAAAAUAAACUCAUCAAUUCCACGCAGCCCAGCGGGGAGGACUCUGAGGCAAAGGCGGGCGAGUAGAUGUCUGGGCAGGGACCAGGCCAGUGCUGCAACCUCCUUUGGCUUUGCCCCCUUGUCCUUGCCUGCUACCCAACUUUUCUGUCCUUGUGCUGCUAUCGGGGGCUUCCGCAGCUUCAGGGGAGUCCGAAGCUUUGCAAGCGCGCGAGUAUUUAUUACCAAAAAACAAAACAAAACAAACAAACAAAAAACCCAACCAAAAAACCCACACACACAGGCAGUGCCAGCGGUGGAACAGCGCGCCCUGUACAUACACAGGCCUGCUCCCCCAGGCUUCUCAAGUCAGCUCUGAGUUCCGGAAGUGCACCCCGAAUUCCUCCUCAGCUCCUGUGUUGUCUCCUUCGCGCUUCCUGAGCUCGGAAUGUGGAGUUGCAGAAGAAGAAAGACCCCAGGCCCUGCCCAGUUUGUGUCUGAGCGUCUCCGCCUUGGUCCUCUGGCUGUAAGCCUUCAAGGGCAUCAGCACAUCAGCUCAGACCACUGGACAGAGAGGAGGGCCUAAGGGCUAGGGCCCCAGCCCAGCGGAGUCCUCCCAAACCGUCCCCCAAACAGGAAGGAGCUUGAAGAACAAAAGGGCCCCGACAUAGCCGGGUUUCUCUGGCCUGCGCACAACCCUCAGUGGAAAAGAAGCAGCCAGCUGCAGCGAGCUAACCUGGGCACGGUGGAACAUUACAGCCCUGCGAGCGACUGGGCUCACGCAGGUUCCUGGCUUCGGAUUCCGGCUCCCUGCCUCAGACAGCGCCGGCGCCGCCAAGACGCAGCUUUCGGCACCCACUGAGGGGCUCAGGGCCAUGGGUGCCACUAGAGCGCUGGCUUGCAAACGUGCCAGGGGCUUCUGCGACUCCGGGCCUCCAGCGGGGAGACUCUGCUUGCCUCCCGGCUAUAUUUGUGAUUUACUUUCGUCUUUUGUUGCCCAGAAAAAUAACUGCGGAGAUACUAGGCACUGCCACGAAAUGCUUCUAUUAGUGUCCUCAGUUUAUGCCCCGAGGUCUAAGCAAGACCCCAAUAUCUCAGUCCACGGAUUCUCAGCUCCCAAGCAGGCUCUGUGGCUGCUGGAAGCCUGGGCCCACUCGCUGGUUUUACAGGGAACCCACCGACUUGGAGACCGGCUGGCUCGAGGAAGGGGACCUGGUGGUGAAGAUUCUACAAGCCAGAUGCGUAAGCAAAUCAAAUAGCAAACUAAUAACACAAAAACCAUAUUUACAAGAAAGAAAAAUCGACGCCGGUUAUAAAAGUGCGUGGAAUCUGACCUCGCCUCGGAGAAACACUACACAAAAGCUAUCUUUAAUAGACGCCUGUCAUUUAAGAGCGGCAGGGACACUGUCUCUCUUGCACUGGCAAAAAACAGAGCUGUAAUUGUAGCUGCUGCGGGCAGGAUUUAUUUCUCCAAUUUGGCUAAAUGGCCUCCUCCCUUUCCCCGAAGGUGUUAUCUGUAUUUUCAAAAUUCAGAGCUGCCGGCAGGAUGGCAGAACCGACCCCAAACUCGACACAAAAAUAAGAGGGGCUGCAAAGCGGGCAAAUAAAGUUGCAAAUAAAUUUCAA